AUGUUUUAUGAAUUGUUAUAUUGUGCUUCUUGGAUAUCAGGAGAAUUCGCAACCUAUUCAUACGUUUUUGGAAUAUUAAACACUAUAAUUAAGCUAAAUAUGAAUACUGUUUCAAAAUCUUCAUCAAAAGGUGUUGUUUCAAGCCAUCACAGACAUUACGAAGUCAAAUAUUUUAAUUCUACAAACAUAAUUUACGAAACAACAUUGGCUUAUAAUAUACUAACGGUUACAGUUUACUCGAUAAAUAAUUUAAUCUUGGGAAUUUUAUUAACUUAUUAUGGAAGACUAUUGAUUAGAUUAACAAAGGAAAAUUUAAUGUUGAUUGGAUUUGAUGAUUACGAAGAGUAUAAUAAAAGGUAA